AGGCACUCGACACCUUGCUCGACCUGAAACGAGGCCUUCUCGCCGUGAAAAUCUGCGAGAGUAGCACAAUCUUGGACAGAGCUUCGGAUUCUCUCGAUAAUGCGUAUUUGUACAUGACGACCAUGCCGCGCCUCAGGUCAAAGGCCUACCUGACUUGCUUCUAUUGUGGCCGGAAGACCUCAACGCGCAACGAUGGUAGCGUCCGCCGCUUCGAGUGUCCUUCCUGCGAGGCUACAAACUACCUAGACGAGAAUGGAGAGAUUACGGAUCCUCCGCUCGAGGCGACCGCGCCAUCAGGAGCGACUGACGAUAAACCCCCAACCAUGAGAGAUCUGUUGGCGUCCCAGCCCGAUAAUGAUGUCUUCUGUGCCGAGUGUCUGAAAAACCAAAGGCUGUUCACGGCCUCUUUGGCGCAAUAUCUGCCCGGGGAUCCCGAUGAUCCCGAAUAUGAGGCCCGCGAGCGCAACUUCUACAAAUUCCGCAAUAACCUCGACAGGCAAUACCCUCAGACCUGCUCUAAAUGCGAACCCAAGGUCCUCGAACGAAUAGCCCAGGCCGGCUACACGGCCAAGACAGACCAUUUGCGGCGGAUGAUUGACCGGAGCCUAAAGGCUCGGACUGCGGAGCAAGCAAGCGCCACCGGUCCUCUGGGCGUGCUUUCUGCAGUGGGACGGUACCUGUGGCUCGCAGGUUUUAUCAUGCAAGGACUGUGGCACUUCCGAAUGAUGCACGAACUUGCCAAAACGGCAGACUUCCCUUGGCUGCGUAGUUUUGGGGUCAGACAACUACUAGGAGUUCUAGCAUCAUUACUCUCCCUAUUGCCAGAGCCAGAAAAGGUUAUGAAGUGGAGCAUUCUGAGCACUGCAGUCAGCCUCUGGUGGAACCCCUUCUUCCUCAAGACUGUGCGUGGCUUCACGAGGCACUUGCUGGGAAUCGGGACAUGGUAUACCUAUCAAGCUGUGAUCAUGUUCUUUCGUGUUCUGGCUCCGGGAAUACCCAAUCUCUCACGGGAGCAUGGCUCGACCGUAUAUGCACAGCUAACGAUGCACUCUCUGGCCUGCAUUGUCAUGUUCUAUAUCGCGAAACUUGCGUUGAGCUCAAUUCGGGUCGAUACAACGCCCCUUUUCGGUAGUAAAAGUUUGCCAACACCGAAAUCACCGGAAGCUGCUCCGCAACCCUCCCAAAGGAAGUCAUCUGGUGAUACCAUGUUUGAUAUGUUGGAUGAGGUACUGGUCUCGCCAGUUCCAGCGCGCGAGAGCGAUGACGAGACUGAGACUCAAAGCCUUCCUCCGAAAAUCCGGCCAAGGUUCACAGAGGGUCCGCUUCGAGGUCAGCAAAUGUCGCAGGGUGGUGGCUUGUUUGCCCCUGAAAACGCCCGCGGGUCAACCUUUGGUCGGCAGGAUGACAAACUACGGACUACGGAAUACGCAUCAGAGAUGGACUGGCAACCUACCGAAUUACCACCUCGUGCAUUCAACCCCUUUAGCGCCCCCGAACAGCCUCUGCGCAGUUUCAACGACGCGCCUGUAAACGAUAAGCACGGUCCAUUUUGGUUCAAAGUACCUCCUGCGCCAGCCACUAGCAUGGCCCACAGAGCUUUGAGCCCUUCUACGGCUUCAAGUACCGCGCUGCUACAGAGCCAACCAGAACCAAUACAGCAACGCCGUUUCUUUGCAUCGAGAGAGGAGGAGGCAAGAAAGGAACAAGAGGUCCGUGAGGAGAGGAUGAGGAAGGAGAAGGAAAGGACGAAGUAUAUCAAAAGUCCAUCAUUCAGAUACAGGGCAAAUGAUCCACGUGAUCCGCUGUCCGAUAUGUUUGAGGAUACCUUCAAGAUCAGCCCUACCCGCGCAGCAUCAGCGCAACAGGCUGCACAGAAGGCGGACAGUGCCAAGGAAGAAGUAGCCGCACGGCAGAUUAAGGCAUCGGACUUUUCUGUUCUGCUACUCUCUGCUCUGCUCCUGAUCCCUGGCUAUGAGACGUUUGUUCCAAAGGAGUAUGGAGUACAUAUGGCUUUGAGCGUAUGUUGCACGAGUCUUAUCAUAUGGGUUCGGGUUAAUCUCGAAACAUUCAAGACACUGCAGGUGCAGGGUAGGCACAGGUCCAAAGCUUUUGCGUAUACAGUCGCGGCCGCACUGGCAUUGUCAGAAGUUGGGUUUAUUACCUGGACCGGAUUGAAGGCACAGGAUUCAGGUGAGCACAAUGCGCUUAUGGCAUUCUCCAGUCAGGCGAAAACCGUAUUUCUCAGCCUGCUACUCAUACACCAGCUGUGGAACCUCCUUGUUGUUGCACUGGUUGUACAUCCUUAGCGGAGUGAUGACCAUGGACGGGGUUUGGCUGGCUGUUUGAGCACGAGUAUGCACGGUUGGUCAGAUGGACAUCGUCUUAUAGUCUUUAACCUUGGAAACUCGGCAGAUUGGUAUGCCUUACUGCUUGCCUCGAUCUCACAUAGACCGAUUCUGCAUAUACUAGACUAAUGAUACCCGAAUGUCUGUUGAGACGAAUAUUACCCAAAGUAUCCAUGUGAAGCUGAAAGGAGCAUAUGUCAAGAGCGGAGAACCUCCAUCCAUUACUUGAUCA